AUGGCGACCACGGGCGACGCGAGGGAGGCGGAGCCCCUCCUGGGAGGGGGCGAUACGGGCGCGCCCGCGUCGUGGUGGCCCAGGGGUCGCGUCGGGGCCCUGGUCGCCGGCGCGAUGUUGGUGCUCCUCGGGUUGUGCGCGGGUUCCGCGGUCGGACCGAUGCCCACGGGGCUCUCCCGGCUGGGCGACGACGACGCGGCCCCCGCGCCGACGUACCCGGCCGCGGAGGAACCGCCGCUGUUGGACCCCUUGGUAUCGUUCAACACGCCGCGGUGUCGACAGACGCGCGCGUCGCUCGCGCGGGUGACCAACCACGACGGCGACGUCGUGGUCAUCCCCGAGCUCCGCGCGGUGUACGUCGACAUCGUCAAGGCCGCGUCCGAGUCCAUUCGCUCGGCGCUCGAGGACAACUUCCACGCCAGCUGGAGCGCGGAUUUGGGACAGUACAAGCAUCCGGUCACCGGUAGACCGCAAAGGAGCAGCACGUCCUACCUCACCGACGACGUGCUCGCCAACUACACCUUCUUCACCUUCGUCAGGGACCCCAACACCCGGUUCCGGUCGUCGUACGAGCAAGCCAUCUGCAGGGAGCGAUGCACGCUGUGCACCGCGAGGGGCGCGGGUACCAUGUACACGCCGACGAUCGCCGAGAUCACCGCCUUUUUACAGGGAAGGUUGAUGCAUUUCUACGGCGACAUCGCGCUGAGGGGUGAGAGGUCGGAUGAGAUUACGCUGCAGGAGGCGUGGGUGGACGAGCACUUCGAGUCACAGAUUCUUCGGCUGAGCGGCGCGACCAAGGAUGGCACGCCGGUGCCUUUGAACUUCGUGGGGCGGGUGGAGAGCUUCGAGCACGAUUGGGCGCGACUCAUGGACCACCUCGGAGUCAAGGAAGGGGACCCGCGGCGGGUCACGCCGGGUCACCAGGAGCACGCGUGCGACAUCCCGGAGCGAGGUAAGGUCGUGCAGAGGCAGCGCGCGUCGCCGGUGACCACGCUGGAGAAGGUGGCAGUCGCGGCGCUGUACCACGACGACUUCGAGUGCCUGGGGAUCAUGGCGUCCUGGAAGGAUGGACUCGAGGGUCUUCGCGAAAGAAAUGUGACAGAGCUCGCAUGCGUCAUGAUGUCCUCCCAGAAGCCCCCGUACUCCGCGGAGGUCCUGGAGGAGGCGCGCAAGUCCGCGAGGAAGGUGGAGGGCGGGUUCGCGAGCAGGAGCAAGCACGCGAAGGAGUACGCGGCCAAGGUGGCUGCGAAGAAGGGCGACCUGGUCAAGAAGAUCGUCAAGGUGAUGCCCGAGGGAGUGCAGAAGGAACACUACCAGGAGGCGAUCGCCACCGCGGCGAUGAUCGACAAGGCGGCGGCCGAGGCGGAAGCCCAGGCGAAGACCGAGGUGAAGCCGGAGGUGAAGGUCGAGGUGAAGCCGGAGGUGAAGGUCGAGGUGAAGCCGGAGGUGGAGACGGAGGCCAAGCCCAUGGACGUUGACCCACCGUCGCAGCAGCCUUCGUCCCAGGGUACCAUCCUUCGGCAGCCGUCCGACACCGCCGCGGCGAUGGCGCAGGUCGAGAAGGAGCCCCUCAUCAAGACGAUCCUUCGAAGAGUUCUGGAACGCCACGAGAUCAAGUACCACCUCUCAACGCUCGAGCUCGACGCCAAGAGGAAGUACUCGGCCAAAGCCGCGUCCGCGGUAUCUCACGCGAUGAAAAAGUACAACGAGCACGUGGAGGCGAGGAACGCGAAGCUUCCACCCGCGCAGCGCAAGCCGGGCCUGGGAGAAGCGGCGCUCGUCGAGCACAUCACCUCGCAGGCGCACAAGAUGUUGCUCGCCAAGUUGAAGGAGGCGGCCGAGCCCAAGAAGGAGGAGCCCCCCGCCGCGCCCAAGCCCGGCGACGCGUCGUUCGUGCCCGCCGCGCGUCCCCCCGGGAUGGAGGGCAAGAGCUUCGACGACCUCGUCCAGUACUGGAAACGGCUCGGCGAGCUCCGGGUCGCGUACCUGCCCCGGGUCAGGCAGACCCUCCCGAUGCUCCAGAAGUACAGCAGGGGCGUCGGUCAGGUGGCGGCAAACGCGGAAAACUUCGCGAAGAUGACCGAACACACGCUGAUUCCACUGCUGUCGCAGACGGCGGAUGAGCCGAUGAUGACGGCCAAGUUCACCAUGGACGAGCUGGCGGCGCUCGAGGGACACGUGAAGAAACUGGUGGCACUCGCGGGUGGCCGCGGGGUGAACGAGGUGCCCGCGCCCGCGCCCGCGGCGCCCAAACCGGCACCGGCGGACGAGGCGACCGCGGGUGAUACCAAGAGGAAGCGCGACGGGGAAGAGGAGGAGGAUGGGGAAGGCGGCGACCGGAAGCGGGCCAAGACGGAGGACGCACCGGAGCCGGAGCCGGAGCCGGAGCCGAUGCCGGCCCCGCGUGCGCCGUCCGCGUUCACGGGUCUCACGUCGUGCGCGCCGGAUCACGCGCACGCGCAGCCCGCGCCGCCGAUGCCGUCCGCGCUCGAGGGUACGUCCGAGAAGAGGCCGCCCGGGAAGAGCGUCGGUUGCCCAGUCGCCGCGGAGGAGGGAGAGCUCGUCGCGGCGGCGGUGUACUCCAGCGACGAUGUGUCGUACUGGGCGCCGGACGGGGAGCUGCUGCGGCGCGCGCUGGAAGGGGAGGUGAUCGCGGGGACGACGAAAUCGGCGGCGAUGUUCAAGGCGUUUGAGGAGCUGAAGGAGGUGUUCUCGUCGGCGUGA